GCAUUCAAUACAGCCCUCGACACAUAUCGCAUCCGAAUUCAAUUCCUAACUAAAUUCGUAGUCGUACAUAUUUUUUGGUGAAAAAUACAAACGAAAUAUAAACGAGAUGCGGCCCGUACAAAGUAUGCUAGCGAAGGUGUCGCGCAUUAGAAAUCUGACCGAGCUGGGCCAGCCGGCUGCCUCGCUGCUGCGGGGCAAGACGGCGCUGUGGUCGCUGCGCCAGCAGCAACGCCGCCAGCUGCAGAAGGUGGAGCAAUAUCGGCGGAAGGCAACCACGCUGCAGUCCAUGCGGGAGUUCUUUAUGCAUCCAUUGACCUGGGAUCGCAACAAUGGCUAUUUGAACGUGGUGCUGGCCUUGGCGAUCUUCACCUUCGUGUUCGUCAAUUCGUGCACGCCCUGCCCCGAAGAUCGUGUGCCGCAGCGCAGCAAGAAGACGGAAGAGUAGGAGCUCACCUGGAUUGCAGACGCAGACCAGACCCGAGUUCGUCGAAUGGCACUUGGCGUUCAUAUCGCACAUGGUGGGAUUGCUGAGGCAGUUCUGCUCCUCGAUGCAGAC